GGUGGACGCCCCUCUGGUGACAGCUGCGGCCCAACUUGUGCGUGAAUACCUCGCUGAGUGUCUGAUCGUGGUUGCUGGUGACCCUCUCGACACGUACCUCGAUGCCUUCGUCAGACAAGUGUGGCGCGCGAGAGGAACAUGUAUGGGAGUGAAGGCAGGGAGUGAGACAUCCAACACAUCCUCCUCUUCCUUCAUGCAGGGGCUAACUCAUGGGGAUUCUACUCGUUCCUGCCGAGCUGUCAUCCUACUGCUUCCCUCCUCUACUCACUCUCCUCAUGCGUUCCUCAGUGACGCCUCUACUAACGCUGCCGCCAACUCUAUCAAUUCUGUCUGGGGGUGUGCGGGGCCAGGGGAAGGAGAGGGUGGUGGUAACCCGAAGGUGCCACUACUGCAGCAGGGGAGGCGCUGGCUGGGCACUGGUGGGGGACUGGCAUCCCACCGGGCUGGAAUGGGACGGGUCCAUGCUCUUUCCCGGUAUGGGGUGCGGGCGCCUAAGGACGGGCGGUGGGGGGCGCGGGUGCCUGGACGUGGCUGGAAUGGCAUCGUCGGGGAGCUGCUGCGUGAGGAGGCUGAUCUCUCCCUCCGCCUCUUCUGGUCCGCCCACAGGAAGAUGGCCAUUGACUUCACCCGCGCUUACAUCUUCGAGCCCUUUGUCAUGGUUACGCGCCGGCCGGGUCCCCUGCAGCAGAGCCUGGCACCCAUUCGGCCUUUUACGGGAGAUGUGUGGGUAGCGUUGCUAGUUGUGACCACAGCGGCGGGCGUGGCUUUAUGGGCAGUGCAGAGAGCGUGGGCUUGGAUGAGCAGAGGGCGUGGCUUGGGUCUGGACACUUCCCUGUUGGCCUCGUGGGGCAUGCUGCUGGUGAACCCGCCCACUGCCCUCCCCACCUCCCUCCCAACUAGAGUAGCGGCAGGAUGGUGGUGGGUGUUCUGCCUGGUGAUAGUGGCUAUGUACCGCGGCUCUCUCAUCGCCCACCUCACUGCGCCCAGGAACCCCUCGCCCGUCAACACCUUGGCGCAACUGCGGGCGGUGGGCGGCGCGACGUGGGGCCUGGAAGGAGGGCAUGGGGUGGGCUGGGACUGGUUCAAGUUCAACAGUAACCCGGAAGUGAAGAAAAUGUUCAGCGUCAUGCAGGUCACGCCGCGGAAGGAGCAGCUGCAGCAGGUGCUGAGAGGCCCGCACGCCUUCUUCACCUGGAAGUAUUACAUUCAGACAGUGAUGGCGGUCCUCUACACUGAUGCCGACGGAAGCCAUCCCUUCCAUAUCGGCACUGAGGAGCUGCUCUCGGGACAAAGUGGCUGGGGCGUGAGGAAAAACGCGCCCUUCCUCAAACCGCUGGACCGGGUCAUCGGGUGGCUGGACGAGGCGGGGCUAAUCGAUCACUGGUUGAGAGAACUCUUCCAGACUUCGCUGGCCCAGAGCAGACGGGAGCAGCGGCAGCAACAGAAGCGUGAUGGCCAAAGCGAUGAUGAUUUGGGGAGUGAAGGCCAACGCCAAGUCUUGGGGCUGCGUCACCUACAGGGUGUCUUCUACCUGCUGCUAGUAGGGGGAGGAGUCGCCCUUUUGGCUUUCACAGUCGAGCGUAUCUCCAAGAAACAAACGAGAACAUUGGGCUAAAAGUGAAGCAGCCUUACGGGGAAGAUGAACAAUAAACAUUAGCUCAAGGGUGUUAUUUUAUUCAUUCAAUCAUGUAUCUAUUCACUGUAUACCGUGCUGACCAUAUGAAACACACAUAUACAU